CUCACGCAACAUCCGUGCUGGAGCCCUCCGCAUGCCCUCUGCAGACAGGAGGCAUCGCCCACCAGAAGCAUUGCUCGCGCAGGCCGUUCGCUGUGGUUAAAACUUGCUGGUUUACUCCUCUCCUGGGAUUGUCUGAAGUGUUUUCGGCCUUGUUUGUCCCUCUUGCUGGGUAGUCUGGCACCCCGAGAAGACUGGAAACUUGUCUCGACUGCUCGUGUGCUCGAACAAAAUACAGAAGAUCAAAACGUUUAGGACGUGGAUGUAUUCUCGGUGUUUAAGCUCCGACUCUAAAAAAUAUAUAUCCAGAAGUCAUUUCAUGUGUGAUACUCGUCUAAAUAAGGAAUACUAAAGGCAAAUCGCCAUCAAAAUGGAAAAUAUACGCAAUAUCUUGUUAUUAGCAACUUUGCUCUUUGGUGGUGUAUAUGUUGCAGACUCAGCCCACACAGGGAGACAGGGUGAAGGACGCUCGGUGGACAGCCCUAGUAGUAUGACCCUUUUCAACCUAAUCAAGAACACUGAAAAAGCAGUUACUAAGAAGUGUGUCUUCGAUGAUAACUGCCUGAUUGAUAACAAAAUGAAAGAAAACACAACGCAGCAAGACCAGGACAGUGUCACGGUGAACAAGCACAGUGCGAAGAGCGUGUUUGAAAGAUCAGAACUGAGAAGGCCAUUAGCCGGAUCUCCACCGGGCCAUCGUGAGAGGCGUGCUACUGUUGCAUCAUCGCAGUCUGUUUCCCUUCCUCCUGACUUCCCUCUGCUGCACCAGGAUGAGCCACGCCUUUCUUUGCAUGACACAUCUGAUCCUCAUCCCGGUUCUCUGCCCAGUAAGACGGUCCCUGAGGGAAAUAGCACAAUUACUUCUGGUACUGGCAAAGUCGCUGGCAGUGUACAUCAGGAUGUCGCUCCUACCUCGAGCGCUCCACGGCCCAAUGCCACUGGCUCUGACCUGGCUUCACCUCAAUUGGCCCCUGGCUUUCACGACCUCCAUGCUCCCCAGCACGUUGCUCAACGAGACGAGGUCACGAUUCCCUCUCACCACGAAGCACAGUCCACGUUGGAAUCGGGCGGUCAGAAUCCUCACCGGAAAAGAAGCCCCGACCAUUACUUCGUGGAUUCCAGAGAAGUUGAGAGCGCCGAGGAUCAAAGUUCCGUGGGUCUGCGGACAUUCUGGUCUCAAUCUUACUGGAUCUCGGGUGCUCCUUCGCCUUUCCAUCAUUACCCGACGCGUCCAGGUCUCCCGACUUCUCAUGGCUUCAAAUCCCCGACAGCCUUUAGACCUUUCUCGCCUCAAUCGGCUUUUCCCAAGGCGCCAGCAUUUCCACCCGUGCCCAGCAUUUCACCUUCUCCCUUUUCAUCUAUCUCGGCACCAUCACCUGAUUAUGCCUUUCCUUCUGCUCCUUUCACACCUGCCCCGAGCGUAAUACCUCUCACUCACCGACCAUCUUUAACUCUGAAAAACUUUCCGGUGUCAAAAUUUCCGCCUGUUGUGCCAUCACCCGACCUAUCAUCAGCCACAACUUCUCCUGUGCAUUUCCCAACUUCACCUUCUCCCUCCCUGCUUUCUGGAUCUUCGAUAACCUUUUCCCCUUCCCCCAUUUCCUUCCCAACAGGUAAUACUUCAGCUUUCAGAUCGCCUCUCAAUUUCCCCACAGACAUAGACACCAGAGCGCAUGGUAUCAGGCUCUCUGUUGAUACCCCUGACGUUCAACAACCCGUAACUCCAGUGGCCUUUGAUAGAGCUUCCCCUGCCACGUUUUCCCCUACUAGUCCCCCACCCACCUUACGCCUACCGUAACCCUAGCCAUACCCACUGCCGUCUCUGCUAUCUCCUCUCCCACUCCGACGGCCUUCCCUUCUGAUGAUGACGGCCUAAUCGGCGUUCGAGUGAGUAUCACGGCGCCCAACAGACCCUGCGCGGAACCUUGCAUGUUUCGAGCGGCGAAAAACGUUUGCAAACCGGACUUCGAGUGCAUGAAAAGAUCAGUUGAACUGCGGACGAGAAAUAGGACGAGGACGGACAAAAACUGAUGUACCUGAUAUAUGCUU